CAAGCUUCUAAGCAUCUCCCUUCCUGCUCUGAGGGCAGACUUUGGGCUGAGCCAGCAUUCAUCUCAUUGUGGGAGAAGAUGGGCAGAACAUGACUCUACUUGAGCCCCAGCUGGUCUUCUCCAGCUGGGAUAACCAGCAAAGCUGUCCAUUUUCUUCCUGAUGGAUGCCUACAACCAAACACAGGAGACAGAAUUUAUCUUCCUGGCCUUCUCCAUAUUCCAGAGACACCAUGUCCAUUUUUUCUUGGUGUUCCUGGCUGCCUAUCUGGUCACUUUGUUGGGCAACCUCAUGAUCAUAACCCUGGUUUUUCUGGAUUCCCGUCUUCACACCCCCAUGUACUUCUUCCUCAGCCAGCUCUCCUGCUUGGAUGUUUGCCUUUCUUCUGUGGUGGUACCAAAGAUCCUGGUGAACCUCUUACGCCAGGAAUACACCAUCUCCUACAACCAAUGCUUGGCACAAGCCUUCUUCCUGAUUGGCUUUGCAGGAUGUGAGCCUGCAUUGCUGGCCAUCAUGGCCUAUGACCGCUACGCUGCCAUCUGCCAACCUUUGCACUAUGCCCACCUGAUGAGAGGCAAGUUGUGCGUCCAGCUGUCUGUGGCCAUUUGGCUCUGGGGCUUCCUGGACUCAGCCAUCCACAUUGCUCUGGCCUCCAGGUUGGACUUUUGUGGAAACAACAAUGUUCCUCACAUCUUUUGUGAUGUCCCCCCAUUCCUAAAAAUUACCUGCAGUGAUUCCUGGGUCAACGAAUUGACCAAUCACGUCACCAGCAUCUUUGUGGGCCUCGUCCCUGUUCUCUUCAUCGUCCUGUCCUACGUCUACAUUCUGGCCUGCAUUUUGAGGAUUCGUUCCAAUACUGGCAGGCGCAAAGCCUUCUCCACUUGCGCCUCACACCUUGCUGUUGUAAUUGUCUGCCUUGGAAACGCUUUUGUCAACUACAACCAGCCCAGUGCUGGCUACUCUUUGGAGGUGGACACCUUGAUCUCCACCAUGUUUUGUAUCAUCAACCCCCUGCUAAACCCUUUGAUCUACAGCCUGCGCAACACAGAGGUGAAGGGGGCCAUUAAGAAGAUUCUUGUCUGCCAGAAGGUGACCUAGCCUUCAUUUGGGGCCAUGUGUACGUUGUUGAAUUUACGUUGUGUUCCUGCUCCCCAAGAAAAAUGAAAGCUGUGCACAUGAACUGCGGUAGACUCCCUUAGGGCGCUUGCAAAACCACCCUCAAGAGAAAAGAAAUGGAGAUUGUUGUAAGAUCGUGAGUACAGGCAGUCCUCGGCUUACGACAAUUGAGCCCCCAAUUUUUGUUGCUAAGUGAGGCAUCUGUUAAGUGAACUUUGCUCCAUUUUACAACCCUUCUUGCCACAGUUGUUAAGUGAAUCCUUGCAGUUGCUAACUGAAUCUGGCUUCCCCAGGGACUUUGCUUGUCGGAAUGUUGGAAAAAGGGACCACCUGACUUGGGACACUGUGACGGUCAUAAAUGCGAGUCAGUUCCCAAGCGUCUGAAUUUUGAUCCCGUGACCAGGGGGAGGCUGCAAUGGUCAUAAAUGUGAAAAAGGGUCAUGUCAUUUUUUUUCAGUGCUGUUGUAACUUUGAAUGAACUGUUGUUAAAUCAAGGACUCCCUGUGGAUGGGAUGUUGCAUCUGAAUAAAAAACUCAUUCAAAAUGCAGCACUAGGUUAGAGCUCCAAGUGAACCAUUUGAUGAUGAUGAUGAUGAUGAUGUUCAGUACCUGGAAUUUCUUGGACAGAUGAGAGACUGUAUAAAUUGGAUUCAUAAAUAAAAAUAUUCCCAAACUGU